AUGGAAGAGGAUCUAAACGAAUAUGUAAGAUUAGAAAUCUUUUCCCAUCUGCCUCCAGAGCUAAUUUUGAAGUGCAAGCUUGAACGUAAAUCAUGGGAAAAGCUCCUCUCUCACAAAAAAGCGGGUUUUCUUUUUUUAAUUGAAGAAUACGGGAAAAGAAACCUUCAACUUUACUAUGGAGAUUAUGAUGAGAUUUUUUGUAAGGAAAGUUUUGCAACUAAGGAGUUUUCUUUCGGGAGUCUUACAAAGAUUAAUCACCCUGUCAUUAAUCAACGAAAAAAACAUUUAUGGGGAGAUCAAAUUGUCAAUUCUUUCAAUGGUUUGGUUUGUUUAAAAUUACCCUUUCACGGAGUCAAUGAUCCUGUCUACAUCUUCAAUCCUGUCACUACGGAAUACAUUAACCUUCCUCGUUUAAAACAUAUAUCUGGUUACGUUAUUAGUGGAUUCGACUACCAUCCUUUGAGUAAUGAGUACAAAGUCGUACGAAUCCAUUACCCGAAUAGAGUAUACGACUUUGUGCCGGACCCAAAAGGAUUUGUUGAGAUAUACACCCUUGGGCGUGACACUGAAGGCUGGAGAACAUCGGGGAAGUCAGCUACUUAUUGUGCAAGAGGGGUGUUCUUGCAAAUGGAUUGCUAUACUGGUUAG